AUGCUCGUGGACGACCACGAGAUCAUGCGCGACGGCCUCCGAGAGGUGCUCCAACGGGCCGGAGACUUCGAGGUGGUGGGUGAGGCCGGAGACGGCGCGGCGGCGGUGAGGGUCGCUCAGAAUCUCAACCCCGACGUGAUCGUCAUGGAUGUGAUGAUGCCUCUCAAGAACGGCAUCGACGCCUGCCGGGAGAUCACUGAGAUGCUCCCGGACACCAGAGUGCUCAUGCUGACAGCCGCAUCGGAAGAGGAUGCUGUCAUGGAGGCGGUAGCUGCUGGCGCGACUGGAUACCUUCAGAAGUACUCCGGCAAGGAUAGGCUUCUGAACACGGUCCGCGACGUUGCACAGGGGCGAGUACCGCUUACCAGCCGACGUGAUAAGACGAGUGUUCGCUGGAAUCCGAGGGACGGCGCAGUCGAAAGCGGACACCGGAGUGAGGAGGCUGACCGCGCGGGAAAGGGAGAUACUCACGCUCUUUGCGCAGGGGCUGUCCUACGCGAAGAUAGCUGA